AUGCGCGGCGCGGCUGCGGAGGCGCGGCGCCAGCAGCAGCAUGCAGGAGCAAGCGCGGCGGACAACGCCAUAGAUGCACAAGAGGGCGGCGCAGGAGCCGGCGCAGCGGCUGCAGCAGCAGCGGGGCAGGCCGAGGAUGGCGAGGAGGAGCAGUGGGGGGGCGUGGGUGCCCGUGAGAUCGCUGAUCUGGUGGACAUGAGCGCGGACGAGGUGGAGGACCUGCUGCGCAGCAGCUGCGGCGGCGGCAGCGACGGCGGCGGCGGCGGCGCGCUGACCGCGGCGCUGAGGCGGCGCACCCCCAUGAGUGCCGCGGGGCAACGGCCGCGGCAGCAGCAGCAGCAGCAGCAGCAGCAGCAGCAGCAGCAGCAGAAGCAGGUUGGCGAGGCAGGCGGCCUCCAGCUGCUGAGUGAUCUGGAGGAGGCCCUCGCCCAGCUGCAGGAAGGCCUGCUCGCCGGCGGCCCGACUGCCAGCGCCGCCGCCGCCGCCAGCAUAACGCCCAGCGGCGCCUCGAGUCCGGCCGCCAGCUGGGACGCCGGCGGCGGCCGGGGGCUGGCGGCGACGCUCAGGGACAGCGGCGGCAGCGGCGUCUGGGGGCAUCCCGCACCCACGCCGGCGCGCGGCGCGGCGUCGCGGGGCGGCAGCCUCCGAGGCAGCUUGGACGGCGGGCUGGGGCUUGCAGACGGCGGCCCGCACAGCAGCAGGGAGGGCCUGGCGGCUGCCUUUGCGGCGGGCCCGCUCACCGCGGAGGGCGCCGUGCCCGUGGACGGGCGAGGGGAUGAGGGCGCGAUUGGGCGUGUGCUGAGGGCUCUGACGGAGGAGGUGGAGGAUGCGGGCCGCGCGCUGCAAAGCGCGUCGCUCGGCUAG